GAUUUUUGUUCAUGACAAGGAAGCCCUUCAGAUGCAAAUGUUUGAAUCCUGGCUGAAUCGCUUCAAUAUCACGUGAUAGUCUGCGCCACAUGACAUUUGGCACGUAGCAACCUAAUCCUGGUGUCGGGGAGAUAGUGGGUGGUUGACUGCUUGUCCCAAGGGCGACGUACCGACCAUAAUGCAGUCGCAGCCUUCACUUGCGACCUUAUUUACCCGCCUGCGGGUGGGCGCUACGACUUCCCAGGGAGCCUCGUUGGUUUCUCGUAGAUGCCUUACAAGUGGACGUGGUGUCCACCAGCGAGGGUCCGUUGCGUCACCCGUCACAAAAGCCAUUCCCGGUGCUCCAGACAGGAAUGGCAGAUCACUGGCUCAUACCGCCUUCUUUGCGGAACACCGUCCGUUGGUACCCGAGGCAGAGGUCAUGCUUGCGAGGGAAACAGCGUCAAUGAAGGCGGAGGCUAGCUUGAAGAAAUCCGAUAGUAUCGACGACAUUGCGCGCUACAACGACGAGUACGCAAAAAUCUUCAAUGCCUUUACACCUUUCCUUCCUCCGUCCGAGCACGCUUACACCCACGCCCACGAGUCUGCUAUCAGGGCCUCCCCGCCAAAAGCGGCUCACUCCUAUACCAUUGCAGACUACCUAAAUUAUAAGGCUAUUUCCAAGGGUGUGCCCUCCACUGUCACACCGCCUGUCCGCAACACAGUCAAAGCAGAGGAAAGUGUUAUGGAAUCAACCGACGAACUUCUUCUGGGUGCCUUCUUUGCUUCCGCGAAAUCACCUUCAUUGGGGCUGACCGCGGCGUCGCGAAAAUAUCUGGCAGAUAUGCACGGCAGUGGGAUCUUUGGGGAUCUGGCGUUGGAGAAAGCUUCGCAUUCGGGUGGUAUUGCGCUCAAGGGGAUGGGCAGACGGAGGCGCAUGAUACGGGUACCUGGAUCGGAUGAAAAGAAAGGUCAGAUGAUGGAAGCUAUUAGCAUUUUGAAGCGGAGAAGAAAGAAGAUGAAGAAGCACAAGUGGAAAAAGCAGAGAAAAGAAGUCAGGGAUUCGACUAGGUACAAUAAAGAGCGGAGAAAGAAAGGUGGUGUGCAAAGGGAGAAACAAGAAUAGGAUCAUUGGCGGGUGUCUUGGUGCUUGGGCAUGGUUGGGCUACGUACGGCGCGCAUUCAAAGGGUCAACAACGCUUGACAAUUAUGAUCCGAUGUUAACAUGAUAGGCAUUACAGUAAUUUACUUCAUAAGAGACUGCUCUAUUCUGUAUUUGGAUGCGUUGAAUGAGCUAAUAGUUGACGCAUGCACAAUGUCACACCUGGCGAUGAAAACAGGGAACCAAGACUAAUCCAGUAACUGAUAUAACUCUAA